AUGGCCAUGUCCCAAGCAGCAUGGAAGGCCGAGCAGGCACUCGGCCACGACAACAAUGCCACCACCGCUCAGGAUGUUACUAAUCCCGCCGACAACAGCAACUGGGCUGAUUCGAGCGACAAGAUGAAGGCGCUCGCAUGGAUGGGCAAGAACAAGGUCGAGGUCAUCGAGGCCCCGAAGCCCAAGAUUCUUGAGCCUCGCGACGUCAUUCUCAAGGUCACCGGUAGCACAGUCUGCGGCAGCGACUUGCAUCUUCUCCAUGGCACUGUUGUUGAGCUUAAGAAGGGCGAUAUCCUGGGUCACGAGUUCUGCGGUAUCGUGGAUGAGAUGGGUGCUGAAGUCAAGGGUUUGACUAAAGGCCAGAGGGUGGUUGCCUCGUUCCAGAUUGCCUGUGGUGACUGCUACUUCUGCAAGAACAAGCUCUCUUCGCAGUGCGAGAAGACAAACUCCAACACCAUCGAAAAUGCCAUGUACGGUGGCCGGACGGCGGGCAUGUUCGGCUACAGCCACUUCACCGGUGGCUUCGCAGGCGGCCAGGCUGAAUACGUUCGUGUGCCGUACGGUGAUGUCAACCUCUUGAAGCUCCCUGACGAUGUCCCGGAUGAGAAGGGCUUGUACCUGUCGGAUGUCCUUGCCACUUCUUGGAACUGUGUUGUUGAUACAGCAGUCUACGAAGGCGAUGUGGUCGCCAUCUGGGGUGCCGGUCCAAUCGGUCAGAUGUGCGUCGAAUUCUCCUUCCUCCAAGGAGCAAAACGCGUCAUCGUCGUCGACGCCAACUGGCGCCUCGACUACAUCAAGCAGAAGUUCCCCAAGGUGGAGACGCUGGACUACUCGAAGUUGGCCAAGGGCGAGAGCGUGACCAGCAAACUAAAGGAGAUGGUCGAUGGCCGUGGUCCCGAUGUUGCGCUUGAGUGCGUCGCCGGCGAGUAUGCGAAGGGAUGGGCGCACUAUUUCGAGAUGAUGCUGGGAAUGGAGACGGACACGAGCGAGAUCGUCAACGAAAUGAUCACCAGCGUCAGGAAUUUUGGCCGCUGCGGCAUCACCGGCGUCUACGUUGGCUUCACCAACCACUUCAACAUUGGCUCCCUGAUGGAGCGCGGCAUCCGCUUGAUCGGAAACGGCCAAGCACCCGUUCACCUUUACUGGGAGAAGCUGCUUAAGCUGAUCCAGGAGGACGAGAUCCACCCGCUGGCCAUGGUGUCGCACCGCGUCGAUGUUGCGGACCUGGAGACGGUUUACAAGAAGUUCGAUGCGAGAGAGGAUGGCAUGCAGAAGGUGUUUGUUCAGACCAAGUUCUCGGCACCGCCGUGUGCCGGAAGCCCGGAGUUGACGAGAUACUGA